AUGGGUGGGAGUGGAGGGCAGCCUGGAGCUCUGGACCCUGGAAGGGACCACAUGAGGCCAGGCACGGCCUCACAAGAGCUGCCGCUUCCUCCGGCACGCAGGCGGCUCCUUGCUGGGCGGCUGGAGUCUGCGCAGCCCAAGGGGCAUCGCAACGAGGACUCCCCUCUUUCAUAUAAGUCCCACGCACCUCUCCUACUGGAGCUGGGCUCCAUUAAGGAUAAGGUCUUUGUCAGGAAGGAUGUGGAUGCGGAGGACAAGCAGCAGGAGGCUGGGAGUCCCCGGGCUGGUGUUUUCUGCUCUCCAGUGGACAGAGGUUCCCCCUUCUAUGCGCUGGCAGGAUCCCCAGUGUCAUCACCCCGGAAAGAGACCCCCAAGGGCAAAGAGCCGGUCGUGGCGCCAAGAUGCAGUGGGCGAAGCGGCACGGGAGCAGUCCCCCUCCUCGACCUGAGCCCUCUGGUAGCCCAGUUCAACCGGGAGAUGAUGCAGGCAGAGAGCUGGGUGCGAGGCAAGCUGCGGGACCUGAAGGAUGGCUGUGACCUCCAGGACUGGGAGGAGGUGGCUCAAACCCUACAGCGGGAUAUGAAGGAUUUUGAGAACACGCUGAUAAAGCUCAACCAGAUGGGUGAGCAACUGAUGUGGCGGGCAAGCCCCAGCGCUGAGGCAGUGCGGCGGCAGCUGCUGGCCCUGCGGGACCAGUGGAAGCUCCUGAAGCAGACGGCCGCCAGCCAGAGCAAAGCCCUGGGGGGGCUGCGGAGCCUGCAGGACUUCAACAAGAAAGCUGAGCAGCUGGAGGCAUGGAUCAGGCACAAGGAGGAGAAGCCCUCCCUGGCAGCCCUCCUGCAGGAAAGCCCAGACAAGAUCCAGCUCACCCGCCGCAUUCUUGACUUGAAGCAGGAAGAGCAGCAGUUCCAGAGUCUGCACAAAGAGCUGAAUAGCCUGGCCCAGAAGCUGGAGAAACAAGGCAAAAGUGAGAGCAGGAGCAUCUCAGCCCGGCGCAAGCACCUCAACAAAACGUGGCUGCGGCUGCAGGGGACCCUGAAGGAGCACCAUGAGGCUCUGCAGCUGGCUCUGGAGGUGGCUGCCUUCCUCCAGCAAGCAGAUACCCUGCUCGGGGCCAUCCACACCAAGCAGAGGAGCAUCUGCGGUGUAGGGAAGCCAGGAGAGGGCGAUCCAUGCCGGGAUCGGGAUGUCAGGGACUUAGCCAGCCAGGUGAUGAUGCUGGAUGUGACCGUGUCCCAGCUCCUCAGCCUGCAGCCCAGCCUGGCAGCCCGAGUCACCCCCAAGCACCGAGACAUCAAGGAGAGCUGGGCACAGCUCCAGCAGGUGCUGAGGACAGAGAAGGCUCCAGCGCUGGGAAGCAGUUCCCUGGCAGGCGAAGCUGUGGCUCCAAAUGUGGCACCCCAAGGAGACGAUAGUGGCCGUGGAGCCAUAGGAAAGGAAGCAAAAGACAAAUGGGUGAGAGGUCCUGGGAGCAUGGUGCUGAAGGACAUGCCGGGGAAGAUGGUGGAGCACAGGACAGGCAAGGAGAGCAGCCCUGGCUCCCCAGCGGCAGGGCAGCCUCUUCAUGGUGGGGACAGCAAAAGAAGGAGAAGAGAGGCAGAGUCUGAGUGGGGGAUACAGCAGCCAGACGCCCGGGUACAGGACGUCUGUCGGGCAGCGAACACGCAGACUGUGUCCCUGCCAAAGGAUAGCAUGGGUCCUGGAGUCCCCCCGUGUCCAGCAGAGGAUGUUGAGAGCCUGGAGGCAGCACAGACGCAGCGGGAUCCCCUGGACCUCGGCACCAGGGCUGUGCUCCAGGGGGGGCCGAUGCUGAUGGGGCCCACGGGGAGCCCACAGGUAGAGACCAUGCUGCGGGAGCUGGGGGAGCUGUGGGAGGACCUGCAGAGGAAGCACCAGGAGAACGGCGCUGUGCUGCGGGAAAUUGAUAAGUCACUGAAGCUGGUGGGGGAGCUGGACCGGGCCGAGCGGUGGCUGCAGUCUGUGGCUGGGUCACUCUUGGAGCCAGCCGCCAUGAGAAGCCCGGUGGAGCUGCGGCAGGACCUGGAGGAGACGGGCCAGCUGGAGAGGCAGCUGGUGCUGUGCGGCCUCAAGCUCCAGGCACUGCGGGAGGAGGCAGCGGGCAAGCCACCUGCCGAGCAUGAGGGAGCAAGGAAGAUGCAGAGGAAGGUGGAGAUGGUGGAGGAGAAGUUGGCACACGUGCAGGCAGCCUUGCGGCGCCGGGCAGCAGACCUGCGUGACUCCCUAGUGCUGUCUGAGUUCCUGCAGGACUUGCAAGAGGAGGAGGCACGGAGCCAGCAGGAACCUGCAGUGCCAGGGAGCAGCCAUUGCAGCUUGCAGGGGUCUUUUCCCCUGCUCUCAGCCCAGGCCGGGCAGCUGCUGAGCAGCGAGGACAUGAGCCACCCUUUGGGAGAGCUGCAGGAGGCCGUGGAGAUGCUGAACGAUGCAGUGAAGGAGAGGGAACGGGUCAUGGAGGUGGCUGCAGAGACAGAGAGCCUGGAGCGCCUGGUGGCAGAGGUGUCCCCACGCCUGGAGGCCCUUCGAUGCAGAGCCGAGGCUCUGGCUAGAGACACUGCCCAAGCAGAAAGUGGCUUCACCACAGUGAAGAGCGAGAAGGACCUCCAGGGGCUGCAGGGCUUGCUAAACCGGCAGCAGGAGAUGGAGCGUGCAGUGUCAGAGACCCUGCAGGGGCAGCUGGAGGAGCUGGAGAGGGCAGCUGCCCGCUUGCAAGAGCUCUGCCCUGCUCGGCUGUGUCCCGUCAGCCAGGAGGUGCAGGGGACGUUGCAGGCCUGGGCAGGGCUGCAGGACUUGCUGCGGGAGACCCGGGUCCAUGUGCAGCAGGCCAGCCAGCUGCGGCACUUCUUCAAGGAUUACUUAGCCAUGAUCUCCUGGACGGAGGACACACGGGCUCAGAUCUUCUCUGAAAGUCCAAGCAGCCAUGGCCUCUUGGAGACUCCGUGUGAGGAGCUGGAGAGGAGGAUUGAAGGGAAGAUCAAGGAAUUUGAGGCACUGGCAGCAUCGGGGAAGCAGCUGGUGUCUGAGGAGCACUACCUGAGCGCAACAAUAAAGGAGCGCUUGGAGGAGCUACAGAGCAUGCUGGGCUGGGUGCUGGUGCGCUGGAGAGCACAGAGGCACCAGCGGGACCCAAGGAGCAAGCAGGAGGACAGAAGGGUCCUGGAGAGCCCAUCAGACACGUCCUCCACUGGCCAAGACCAGCAUGCCUCAUGUGCUCAGCCCCAUCUGGAGAACAUCCACAGCCCAGUGGAGUUCACCCCCUGCUCCCUCCUCGAGCCCAUGCAAAGAUCAGAGCCACAGCUGCCAGCAGGAAUGGCCAUGUCCUCGCCGGCAUCACCCCUCUCAGAUGCCCCAUCGGGAGUGGAGCAGAGCUGGGGGGACCCCAGCAGCUCAACACCCCACAGUGUGGGACCUCACAAAGAGACUGUCAUCUGGGAUCCUGCUGAAACCUCCACGCUGCUGCUGCCACCGCGGGGCCCUGGCGGGCUGGGGGGGACAGUCAACCUCAUCCUCAGUAUCGGCAAGAAGGGCGAGAAGAAGAAGGUGCAACCGGUGGCUGGCAGCGAGCAGCCAGGGCAGGAGAUGCUGCGGACGGCACAGGUGGAGGCCGGCAAAACCUCCAGCACCAAGCGGCCACCUGCCCACCGCCCUCCGGCAUCCAGUGGCGGGAUACCACCUGCCUCCCACACCCUGCCCAAGGCUGGGGCCGGCUCCCUCUUCAACAGUCUGCAGCGGCGCGAGCGGGCUGAGCAGGCCCGUCUGCUGACACUGCAGGGCAUCAUGGGCACCGGCUCCCUGCAGCCCACGCCCGAGGAGCACCAUGGCCCCAGCAACACGUGGCCUCAGAAGUGUGGCCGGAGGAAGGGGGAGCCGGGGGCAGCCACGGCUGGACCCCCACUCGGGGAGUUGCUGCUCUACGUCAGAAACCCACUGGUGCGGGAUAUCGAUGCUGAGUGCGGGGUGGCCCCUCGGGACCCCCACCUCCCUGACCUGAAAACCAUGUGCCCACGCCUUUCCCUGGGCUCCGUGCUCAGCCUGGACCUACCCCAGGACACAGUGGUCCUGGGCUGCCACCGAGGGGCUGCAACAUGGUGGGAAGAGGCGGAGGGGCAGGAGCAGAGGCAGGGCAGGGGGGUGAGGCCACAGGAGCCCACAGGCAAGCGUGGGGCUGGAUGGCAGGAGGAGGUAGAUGUGGAUGGGCACAGUCCCCAGGGGCCCAGCAAGGGGCUGGGGAUGUCCCCUAAAAGUGAGCAAGGAACAUGGUUCGAGGAGGUGAGCUUCAACCCCAGCUACAGCCAGCAAAAGGCACACUGUGCUGGGGAGGAGCACUGGAGCUCGCAGUGCCCUGGCAGCGCUGGUAAAGACCUCCCGGACUUCAGGCCAAGCCAGCCAUCCCGUGUCAGUGUACUGCAUGAGAGGGUGGGGAAGGAGGGGGGCAAGCUGGUUGCCCGGCUGGGCCAGGAUGGCAGCCCCAGCAGGGCCAAGCAUCGUGAAGCAGCAUGGCUAGAGGUCGGGCCAUCCCCUGCCAGCAUCCCUGUAAGGGCAGGAGCUGUUGCCACCACUGCCUGUGCACAAUGGGCAGCCAGCAGUGGCCAGCCCGGAGGGUCCCUGGCUUCCCCACCCACCCCCAACCAGCGCUCUGUUUUUGAGUGGGCUCUGGGGUCCCCCCAGGCCCCCAGCCCCGUGUUGGGCUCUGGGGAGGUUUGCCACCCUGCCCACAGGCAGUUUGAGGAAGAGGAGGAGGAGCUGCAGGCCAUCUGGGAUGGGGUGGGCAAGCAGCGGGCACCCAGCCUGCCAGCAGGCAGCCAUGCCCACCACCGGCCAGGGAGUGGGGCAGGCAGCCUGCCCAGCCCUGAUGCCAGUGCCAGCGGGCCUCUCAUCCUGUCGUCUGCCAACAAUGUGCUAGUGGCCAAGUUCACCCUCCCCACUGCUGCCCGGCUCCUCCACAGCCCAUCUGGAGAGAAGAGCCCCGGUGCGGGGCACAGCAGUGGUGGCAGCCCCAGCAGACAUGAGGUGUCCCCCUGCGUGGAGGCACCAGUGUCCGCAACCCCCUUGGAUGGCCCUGGCACCUGGGAUCAGCAGAAGCAUGGGGAAGAGGAGAGAGAGGGCAGCAAGGGCCCUCCUAGUAAGACGGAGUUUCAGAUGAUGGAGGGGACGCUGGAAAGGAAGCACGUGUUGCAGACAGGAGGGAGGAAGGCCAACUGCCGGGCCUGGAGCCUCUUUCACGCCGUACUGAUGCGGCAGACACUGUGCUUCUACCAGGACCGCAGGGACAGCCUCAAGAGCUCUGUGGUGGCUCUUCCCCUGAACCUCUCUGGAGCAGUCUGCACCCCAGAUGCCGAAUACACCAAGAAGACCAACUGCUUCAGGCUUCAGCUGCGGGAUGGCUCUGAGUACCUCCUGAGGGCCCCCUCCCAGCCCCUCAUGAAUGAAUGGGUCUCCAAGCUGCAGCAAAACUCAGGUUUCCCCGAAGUGGACUACUUCCAGGCGGCAGCACAGCAUGUCGAGGGCACCGGCAGUGCUGGGGGUUUCAGCAAGGUCUCCAGCCCUGGGAGCUCCCACCUCCAGGGACAUCAUCAGGUUGCAACCAAGAGCCAGGAGAUCGUGGUGCUACCCCGCUCAAAAGCCUGGCUGCAGCGGCCUCUGGGCAGCCAGGAUGGCUCAGUCGAUGAGGCUGUGGCAUCAGCAGAGGAUGCUCCUAGGGCCGGGCACAGGCAGCAGCAGUGGUCACCCAGGGGGUCCCCCGGGAUAUGGGACAACAGCUGCCAUGAAGACGACUACGGGUUCGUGGCCAACAAGAGGAGGUCCUACUCCUUCACCUCAGCCACCUACCAGAAGAUUGCCCCAGUGGCUGUGCCCAAGGAGUCUCUGGAAGCCGGGAGCAGCUACUCAGUCACACUCUACAUUGGCGAGCAAGCACCGGCCGUGCCCCGGGCACGCUGCCACUCCUUUGUGGCCCAGCCGGGGAGCCCACGGGACACACUGGGAGAGAAGACCCCUGGCCCCCCUCGUCCCAAGAACAAAUCUGUCUUCAAGAAGUUCUUCGGAAAGAAGGAGUGAGCCCCAGCCAAGUGGAAGAAAAGCCCUAGCCUGUCCUUUAUUCUCCUCUUGGGUGCCAUCCUGGCAUGGUCUCUACACCCAGCACCAGCUCACCGCUCGCUGCCUCCCUGGGGGGUGAGAGGCUGCAGCAAGGGCUCUGCUCCAGCUGGCCCUGGGGCUGCACCGCACCCCAGCCGCUGCAGCCCCCGGCCUCAGCCUGGCGCUGAGCACCCCUCCUGCUGCCCUCCAGGUGCUGUCCCUGGGUGCUGCUGGCUCCCUAGGUGUCCUGCCGACAUGCAGCACAAGCAGGGGUGGGGUGGAAUGGUUGUUUUUAUUAAAAAACA